AUGUUUAUUCAAUUUCUCGACUUUGAUGAUUUAUCAAAAGUUUAUGAUUCAAUAUCUGUUUACCUAGAUUCCGGAGAAAUUGGAUUCUUUAAUUGUUUCAAAAAAGGAUUCCCAAAGUUUCAUUUGGAUGGGACAAAAGAAACUGUUAAAGCGGUCAAGAGAAUCAAGAGAGUACGAAAAGAAAUAGAUAAAGCAGGCGAUGUAAUACAAAGAUGA